AUGGGCGGCCUCUCAGUGAUCGCGCCGCCGGCGGGCGACUCCGCAUCCCCGGCGCACCGCCGCGCGCGGCGCGCCUUCCUGGUCUCCAACUACAUGAUCCUGGGCGCGGCGUCCGGGUGCGGCUUCCUCACGCUCUCGCUCCGCCUGGUGCCCUCCGUCGACGGCCUCCUCCUCAUCCUGCUCCACGCGCUCACGGUCGCCGCCGCCGUCGCCGGGUGCGCCGUCAUCGCGGCGCCCGACCCGCCGCGGGGGCGCGUCUACACCGCGCACAUGUCCGGCACCGUCGUCGUGUCCAUCCUGCAGGGCGCCGCCGCCGUGCUCGCCUUCUCCCGCACCGCCGAGUUCCUCGCCGACGGGCUCCGCUCCUACGUCCGCGAGGAGGACGGCGCCGUCAUCCUCCGCAUGGUCGGCGGGCUCGGCAUCGCCAUCUUCUGCCUCGAGUGGGUCGCCCUCGCGCUCGCGUUUGUACUCAGGUACUACGCGUACGUCGACAGGGAGUGCGGCGGCAACCCCAUGCGCCGCAGCGCCAAGGUCGGCGGCGAGGACGGCGCCGGAACCUGGCCAUGGCAGUUCCAGGUCUGA